UCCCGUAAAUGUAAUGUAAUUUGUAAACAAAUUGUAUCAGCGUUCAGCUUUCGGUAAACCACGUUUGGAUGGCCUUUUAAAAAAAUAAAGAUAAUAUGCUUUAUUUAUACAUUUUUGUAAAACUUAUCUUAAUUAAUUACAAUGAAGCCUAAACCAGUUAAACACAAGACCACAAACACUUUUCGGUUUGUUCCUUUUGCUGAACGAAUAAAUUCUAUAGAUAUUCGACAUGCUGCUCUUUAUCACAUUGAACAUGUAUAUGCCAGUCAGCCAGAGGAUAACGAAACCCAUUUCCAUUUAGCAAUUCAAAAAUGGCAUGCACUUAACUUGACUGAGAAUUUUAAGAAGUUCAAAAAGGAAGUUUUCGGUAUAAUUACUGUACCACAGCUGAUUCAUAAAAAGGAAGAUGUGAUAAAAUUACUACAACAGUAUAUAUCUUUGGAUGAUCAAUUAUGUCUGCAACCUUUCUUAGAAAUUCUAGUUUCUUUAGCAAAAGACCUCCGAAGCGACUUUUAUCCAUACUUUCCAGACAUCCUAGAUAUUCUAAUAAAGUUAUUGGACACAAAGGAUGCAGAGAAAUUAGAAUGGACACUAAUAUGUCUAGCAUUUCUAUUCAAAAUAUUGAAACCAUAUUUGAAAAAAGAUAUUACAUUAGUAUUGACUAGGAUAAUACCUUUGCUGAGUGAGACAAAGCCACAAUAUAUUAAUAAUUUUGCUGCAGAAAGUUUUGCAUUUGUUGCCAGAGAUAUAAAAGAUAAGAAGAAAUUUGUUGAAUCACUGCUUAGCUAUUUGGAAAAGCAUGAUGAUGCUUUAACGGGAUCUGGUCAUUUGAUAUUUGAGAUAUUAAGGGGUGUGGGAAAUAAAUUUCAUAAUUGUAUUGAAACCUUUUUACCUAUACUACUCACCCAACUAAAUGAAAAUAAAGCACAUCAAGAGAUAUUGUUCAAAGUCCUUACACAAGCUCUUGAGGACAGCUUACAAACAAUAUCAGUCAAAGAAUAUUUGUUUUUCUGGUCAAAUGUAAUUAAAUACACUGAGGAAUUGUCAAAUCAAGAUGGCAACAAAGGAUUGGAAUACAUACUUAAAUUAUCCGGCCAAGUAAUAAGUCAUCAGAAUGGAAAAUAUCUGCUGAAUCCCCAACAGUAUACCAUGAUGCUUGUCAAAGUUGUAUGUGCACAAUCAUCUGAAAGUGUACUUGAAGUUUGCGCUCAAAUUGGAGCGUUACUGCUUCUGUCUCCAAACAUUAUUCUUUCACAAGAACAUGCUGGUGUUCUUGUUAAAGUUAUACUGCCUCUACCUUUUCCAAAUAUUUUAGUAAAUUUUGUCCAGAAUGUAAUUGGAUACUCUCAAUUUGACAUGCAUAUAUUACCACAUUUCUUAAACUUUGUUGUUCAGAGUGAUUUCGAUUCCGAUGCUAUGUCUACACUAGCUAAAAUCUGCUUACAAAAAUCGCCAUUGUCUCUGAACGGACUUAAACUUUUUGAAUGGGUAAAAUAUCCGCUUGAUUUUGGAAAAGGCUUACCACUUGUAAUGAAAUAUAUAGAAAAAGUUUUGAGCUGUGACUUGGAAAAUGUGGUAGAAAACCCAAUAGACUUGAUGAAUUUAUUAUUUUGUUUGCCUCAUAUUGAGAGAUUUGAUGUUGAUUUAUGUUUAAGUUACAUUAGCAGCCUUGUAGAUAAAUUGCUAAAGGUUUUAUCAACAUACAAUUUGGAACAAAAAGACACAAAUAAAUUUCACAGUGAUACAACAGCUAUAUCUUCUUGUGCUAGGAAAGUUCUGUUUAUUCUGGUAGCUACAGUUGAAUGUGCUGUACAUAUAUCAAGUUGUAAAAGGAUUAAGGAGAUAUGUAACAUUGAAGUAUUUCUGCCUAUUAUCGUACCAUGUGCGGCAGAUCCUAACUAUCUAGUAUCUCUGCAUCUUCUUGAUUUAUAUUUGACAGCAUAUGACUAUGAAAAUAAAUUGAGUUAUUCAUAUUUGUUACUGAUUGAUUCAUAUAUCAGAUGCAAUGUGUCGUCUCCUUUCCACAUAGUAAGACUUUUGACAACACAUAUUUAUAAGUUAUUUGAAAACAUUGAAGAAUUUAAUAAAACUGUGGAAAUUGGUGGGGAAACGGAAAGAUUCUCUGUAUUUAGUAAAUGCUAUGAAGUAGAAUCUAUACCUCCUUCUAUACAAGAAUACAGAGCUCAAUUGAACAUUUUGCAGAAAAUGACAUUCAACACUACACAAUAUGAGCUCGCUAAGGAGACGGAAUUUGGAUUGUUUGCUUUGAACUAUAUGCUAGGAUUACUGUAUAUUAAUUUUAAAUUACUAUGGGAACCAGUUGUUGAGUUUAUUGCAGGCUAUGGUAAUGCUAUAAAUAUUGAAGAGUUUUGGCCUGUAUACCACAAAGCCAUGGAGUCAGCCUUUGAAAAUGCAAAGCAAAAUCUAAAAACCUUUAAAUUUAAUGAAGAAAUGCUUGUUGAAAAUGAAAUAAUAAAAGAGUUGUAUGUUGAAUACAAUAACAUCAAUGAAAGGCCUGAUUUGUACAAUUACAGAAAUUUAAUUUUGAAAAUAAUGACGAAUUGUAUACACGUUUGUGAGGCAAAAAAUAGAGAUGUGGUUGCACUCUUUUUGAAAUUUAUUGAUGAAGAAUAUCGUCACAAUCCUAACACUAAUGCAUUGAAAAUUGACAUUGAAACCCAUGAAAACCAAGUAAAGGAUGUUGAUAAUGAAAGCACAAAACUUGAAGAAGAAAUUCAGGAAAUAGAGGAACCAGACAUUGAAAAAGAUUCUGUUUCUGGUAAAGUUAUUUUCAAAACUUUAAUUAAUAUAAUGCAAGUUCUGUCCCGUUUUAAAAAUCCUAGGGCACUUUACAAGGAAUCUGUUUUCAGGGAAUUAUUUUUAGAAUUCCUUAAGCAUAAAAAUCCAGGACUUCAAAAAUAUGCAUUGGAAUGCAUUAUUAACUACAAAAAUAAAAGUAUCGUAGCUUAUAAAGAUAACUUGCACAAUCUAGUUGAUGAAAAGAAAUUCAAAGAUGAAUUAGCACAGUUUAAAAUAACUGCAGAUUCUGAAGCAAUUCAACCUGAAGACAGGGAACAUGUCAUUCCCAUUAUUCUUAGAAUACUUUAUGGAAAAAUGACGUCAAAGUUAGGUGCUGAUAAAAAAGGCGGAGGACAAACUAGGAGGUCUCUUGUUAUGAGAUAUAUAAGUGGCUGCAAGGAGGAAGAAUUGAAAAUGUUUAUUGAAUUGGCAUUCUCAUAUUUUUAUGAAUACAUAAACUUAGAACCUCGACAAAUAAAAGAUAAGAUAUAUAACAACUUAGAUUUAAAAUCUGUGACCAGUCCUGGAAAAAUAUAUAGUGUUUUAAGUUUAUUUGAUGUUGUCAGAGAAUAUUUUGGUGGGUAUAUGAAAGACGCAUUACUUUCGAGUCUUCUAAACAUAUUUUAUGCAGUCUGCUCACAUAUAGCUGCUAUACUUUUGCAAGUAGACAAGGUUCAUGUCAGCUAUGUCAAAGUGAUGAAGAAUUUAAGGACAUUAGCAAUCACGUCGCUAGAAAAGAUAUUUGACCACUUUGAUAAAUAUGCUUGGACUAAAGAUGAGCUGUAUGUUAUUUUUGCAACUUUAAUAUGGCCAAUGUUACCAAGAUUACAUAUAGAAGGGAUUCACAGUCCAACUGCUUUGCUAAAGUUAUUGAAUAUUUGGUGUUUAAAUCCAAGAUACUACUGUCUACUUAUAACAUAUCCAGAACAAGGACCACAACUUAGUGUUUUGCCUGAAAUAUUCAAGUUACUGUUAGCUCCUAAAACUUCUCCAAGUGUUGUGAAUAUGAUUCUUGAUAUGGUUGAAAAGUUAUUGACCCUAACGGAAGAUGAUGAAGAUAAAGAAAUACCUCCUAUAAAAUCAUUUCAAAAAUUAAACGUAGUUAGUGAGAAUAUGGAUAUCAACUUCGGAAGUAAAAUCCUCAUUCCUCAUUUACCAAGCAUCCUAGAUGUUAUGAAAAGACGUGUUGCAAACUCUGCCAAAUCAAAUACAGUAAAUAAGAGAGACCUAUUAAUACUUUCACGGGUUACAGAAAUGGUAACGACUCCAGAAAUGUGUGACGACUUAUUGAGUCUUUUGCUUCCUAUUCUCGUCAAGAAAGUGUGCAUGAACAUGGCAGAAGAAAAUAUGGAACAUGCCAUCAAUACUAUAAUAAAUCUUUUAGGACAUAGUUCUAAUCCUCAUCUGUACAUAAAGAACAUUGCAAUUCUUUUCAAUAAAGUGAAUUUAGUUGAAGUAAGAAAACUUCUCAUAAAACUAUUAUUUUCCAUCGCGGAAAGUGCAUCUGCAAAUAAAGAAAAUCUUAAGAAGACAGCUGACGUAAUUUGUGAAAUGAAUGCUUUUAAUAAAAGAUGGAUAGAACAGCCAGAUUUUGAUAGAAGAUUAGACGCAUACAAGAAUAUAUAUCAAAUGUUAGAUAACAAUGAAAUAGAUGUAGAUUUAUCAAUUCUUAUAGUAAAUAAUUGUUUCUUCUACAUCCGAACAGAGAAAGACAUUGGAUUGAGAGAUAGUGCAGGUCUAUGUUUAAAGAGAAUACUUCCAAAAUUGCUGCAACGGUAUAGAUCUACUAAUGACGGGCAGUUUCUGGUGCGUGAUACAGUAUUAUCUCUUAUUUCUACGGGAAUACGGGAUAAGAAAAAUGAUAUAUUACGCAAUGAAAGCAUAAUGAUACUGGGUGAACUUGUAAGGGAAUGCCCUGAUGCGGACGUUGUGUUGUCAGAUCUUGUACCGUUGGCUAACAAGGAAGAUAGAGAAGUAGAUUUCUUUGAGAAUUCGUGUCAUUUGCAAUUACAUAGGCGAGUACGAGCUUUGCAGAAAUUUUCUAAGGUUGCACGUAAAAUGACCAAAUGUCCAACACCAAGGACCAUCACAAAUUUUAUUUUACCUUUAGCUACCAUGCAUAUUUGUGACGAUACAUAUUCGGAUAAAAAUACGCUUAUAGAUGCAUGUAUAGAUGUAAUAUCAACAUGCUGUAGACUGUUACCGUGGUAUCACUAUGAAGUGAUUUUAAAGUUAUAUCUAAAUAAAUUGAGGUACUCAACUGAACACCAAAAACAGUUGAUCCGGAUACUGGUUAGCAUUAUAGAUGCUUUUCAUUUUGAUUUUUCAAAAUUGAAAAAUAUUGAGCUUCCAAAAGCUUUGACUACAAACAUUAAAUCGAUAGAAACAGAAAAAGGAGAAAGUGAUAAAAUAAAUGAAAAGAUGUCAAAGGACAAUGAAUCAGACACAGAAGAUAUUGACGAAGGAAGAGUGGAAGAAAUGGAAGAAGUACUAUUAACAGCAGAUGAUACAGAACAUAAAGAUGAUUUAGUGAGUAAAGAUAUCGAUGAUGUACCGGCUUUUGAAAGAGUAACAACUGUAUCCCCGUCAGUUGCAAAUAGAAUUAUAAAAUCCCUGACGGCUGGUUUAUUGCCACAACUUAAUAGGUCAAUAGGUAAAUUGACUGAACAUGAAGAAUCCCAUAAGGUGAACCGAAAGCGGACUGGCUUUAUGAGACAGGAAGAGGAUAUGUUGCGAGUUCCCAUCGCCUUAGCGCUGGUGAAAUUGUUGCAGCGGCUGCCCGGGGAUAUACUAAAGCAUCAACUGCCGGGAAUAAUUAUCAAGUUAUGUUCAUUCCUGAAAUCGCCUCUGAAACAAGUUAGAAUAGCCGCUCGUGAUAUUGUUAAGAAAGUAAUGGUGACAGUUGGCUCCUCAUAUUUAGGAAUAUUACUGAAACAUUUAACGCUACUCCUAACUCGAGGCUUCCAAGUCCACGUAUUAGUUUCCACUGUACAUACAGUACUAGACGCCCUAAAGACAGACUUUAAAGCGGAAGAUAUCGACCAAAAUUUGGGCAACAUACUAGAUAUUUGCACCAACGACUUAUUUGGACAACUUUCCGAAGAGAAAGAAGUGGAAAAACUACAUUAUAAAACUCCAGAAGCGAAACCCAGCAAGAAAAGUUAUGUUACUCUAAUGAUUGUUGCACAGAAUAUAUCACAGAAAUGUUUGAUAAACUUGGUUCUGCCAUUCAAGGAAGUUUUGCAGAAACAUCACUCGAAAAAAAUAGUCAUGAAAGUACAAGACGCACUGAUGCAUAUUACAAGUGGUUUGGUGACCAAUAAGUUUAUAGAAAUGGAGCAUUUGUUUCCGUUCCUUCAUGGCAUUGCAUCGGAGAGUAUACCAGAAUUCGUUCUUUCCGCUCCGAAAAGGGUGUUGACAGAAGAACAGAAGGAAAAGAUAUUAAGAGCGAAACCAGAUUGUUACAUCAUUCCCGAAACCCCGAAAAGAAAUAAAGAAUCUCAGGCGAGGCAUGUUAAAACCAGCACCAAAACUAAUGCGCAUGUUUUAGUUGAAUUCAGUUUGAAUAUUUUAUAUGUUAUUCUGAAAAGGGAGAAAGUACCAAGAAUAGAUUGUAAGGCAUUUAUUGAUCCAUUGGUUCCCUUAUUAGCAGAUGCAGUGAGGGGUGAUCACGUUAAAGUUAUAACAGUUGCAUUGAAGUGCAUUACUACAUUGUGGAUAAUUAGAAUUAGUACACCGACUUUAGAGGAAAUGGUUUCGGAUAUUGUGAAGGCUAUCUUUCUUAUUCUACAUAAGUAUGCUACCUCCGAAAUAAGCACUCAAAAUGACAACUAUCAACUUGUUAGAACUGCUUUUAAGGCAGUUACUGCGCUCAUUCGCAACGUAAAAUACUAUAAGUUAGAGGAAGACCAGCUCAAGACAUUGUUGUUGUAUGCAGAAGAAGACUGUCAGAAUGCCGAAAAGCAAGCGAACUCAUUUUCACUGCUGAAAGCAAUUUUAGAAGCUAAAUUGGUGUCUACGGAGCUACAUGAAGUCAUGCAGAAAGUGGCAAACAUUUGUAUACUAAGCGAGUCUGCUAGAUCUAGGGACGAGGCAAGGGGUAUAUUUGUAUCAUACCUCACCAACUACUCGCCGGGAAAGCGGCUGGCGAGAUACAUAGACUUUUUCGUGACGCAGCUGAACUUCGAACUUCAACACGGGAGGGAAUCGUCCCUGAAGUUUCUGGAAAUGAUCAUCAAUAAACUACAGCCGGUGGUACUACAAAAGCACAGUGACUUCAUGUUCCUAGCGCUGGGUGCGUGCAUGCUUAACGAUACCGCGCCUGAGUGUCGUGCGCACGCGGCUCGCUGUAUUGAGACAAUGUUGAACAAAAUGGCGGCCGCCGAUCGGAACAGACUUUUCGAACUGGUACUCAAGUUUUUUGAGGAUACCCAGCCGAUACAUUUUGAAUUAGCCGCACAACUUUGCAUUCGUUUUGUGAACGUUGAACAAGACAACUUCAAGAACCGAAUAGAAAACAUUCUUGCGUUACUCAGCGGCAAAAUACUGCUCCUAAGCAACGAUAUAGGCGAAGGAAGAUUUGUUAAGAUCCAUCUUGAUGGCAGUGCAGAGUCGAAUGAAGAACAUCAAAAGGAGAAAGACCACAGCUUAAUACAGAUCCUAAAUUUAAUCGAUCGAAUAGCUGUGCAUUGCGCGUUUAGUUUGAAAAGUGAGAAGUUUGAAGACAGUUACGACGAUAUAGCACAGCAUUGUCAAGCGUUGCUGGCAUAUCCUCACGCUUGGGUUAGGUUGAGAGCUGCUAAGAUCUUAGGGCAUAUACUAGAUUCGGUGGAUAGUGAUUUGUUACAGAGAGAGCAGUGUGAACGGGGCUUUAUAUAUUUUGAUACUGAGAAUACGCUUAAGAGUCUUAUAUUAGAUCUGUGUGCGCAGUACACGCCCAAUUUGGACAAAGAAAUGGCAGAUCAGGUCACCGAAGUGCUAUUUAUAAUAUUAAAACUAGUUCAUAGUAUGCCUGGGUAUAAGCUGACGAACAAGAAUGACGACGAUACAGACAAUAUUGCUAAAGUGAAUAUCAGGUGGAUAUUGUUCAAGCUGAGGAAGGCUAUCAACGUGGAAGUCGCUAAGUCGCCCAAAUGUAUGAAUAUUAGAACUGCAAUAUUCACAAUGUGGUUGCAUUUCUUGAACCUUCUAGAAAAUGACGAUUUAAAUAAAGUCGUUGAUGUAAUAUUGCCGCCGAUUGUUCGAGAAGUUUCGACGGGUGAUUUGGGAGCUCCCGCUAGUGCUGCCAGGCAGCUGGCUGGAAGGCUCGGCAAGAAGUUGAGGAGAAAGUUGGGCGAAAUAGAAUACGGGAAAAUGGCGGCCGAUGUACAAACAAAGUUGAAUGUUAAGAGGGCAGAAAGGAAAAAGCUUCUGCUACAAGAGAAAGUGAACGACCCCGAGAAGGCAGCGAAGCGAAAGCUCCAACUAAGGGAGAAGAAGAAGCAGGCGAAGAAGAUAAAGCUGGAGAUGCUACACGGAAAGCGUCCGCGGGGCAAGAAAAGGAAAGCGGAAGAUAUUGACUUUGAGGAUCAACUGCUUAAUGAUAAUUAGUGAGCUCGGGGAUUACUCUAUUGUAGGAUACCGCCUAUAAAAUUUUUCGCUGCCAGUCGAUUUUUUUUAAUUCAAUAAUCGCGGAGAUUAGCACACAGUCCGAAACUCACGUUGCCAGUCAUGUCUCCUUGAUUUGUAAACGGUUUUUUCUCCUUCUGUUAUCAUUUCCAUCAUCCUUCUACUUCAAUUUCGUAACGCGUUACACGUUCUUUGUCGGAAUGCCAACUGAACGCGCCAAUCAAACAUCAUUUGUUAGUAGAGGUCACUUGACCGCUACGUGGUUCAAGAGGAAAGCCUAGUGUCCGAGUUUUUGGUGGUGUAUUUCUUUAAUGUCUAUAGUUACUUCUAGGACAUGUUGUAACACUUCUGUUUUUAAUUAAUAUAAUGCAAAUAAAUAAAUGUAAAUAUUAUAAAAUUUAAGCAUUAAAGUAUUUUCAAAAUAAUUACUCCCA